AUGCUGGCCCUCCAGGAGCUCCCCACAGCAGUUUUGCUGGAGAUAUUCGGCUGGCUCCCGGCCACUGACCUGGGUGUCUUGCUUCGCGUUUGCCGUCGAUUCUGCGGCAUUGUGAGCACCCAUGGCUCUCUCUACCGAGAUGUCUAUCUCACUUUUUUGACUGCAAAAGAUCUGCAACAGGGAAUACAGCAAAAAGCGAAAAGUCCGCUCGCCAAGUCCCCACGCACCUCCUCCCACAACAUCGAAUUCCUCGCGUCGCUCUUUGAAGAUGAGAAGAAGCUACGGAAAUACAUGUGCCGGUCGUCGCUGUACCACGGCACUUCCAUCGGGGCGCGCAGCAGGGGGUCGUCCAACGACCCGCUGACCCAGCUCAGCGCGAAGCUCCACUGCCACUACGGCAAGCCCGUGGAGAGCCCCAUCAUCCCCGCCAUGGCCUCCCUCGGCGAGCCCUACGACUUUGCCUGCGCCCAGGUCUACAACCUCCGACACUACACAAUGGAGUCUUUCUGGGGUCCCUUCAAGGACGACGGCAGCGGCGACGUCGACUGGGAAAAGGUCGAGGCCUCGGUUGUGGUCAUGGCCGUCAAGACCUCGAGGGACAAGGCCAGUCUGUGGACGAUGCCUUGGCGUCAACCGUUUGCUGGUGCCUACCCUCAGAGCUACGUCAGCCCCCAUCCGAGGAAACAACCAGAACCUCUUGACCCCACAGACCCGUACGGUGUUUCGGGUACUUGGAUGAGACUGAUUUGCUUCCUCAACUGGGGCGAUCUUCAAAUGUUCAACUCCACGAGGAGGCCGGAAACUCUCCGAAGCAACCUCAAGUCCCUGUUUUAUUGCCAGGGCGCUUCGCACAUGGUUAUGGACCUCAGGGUCACGGCUAUUGAGGAUCCCGGCCCGGACGACUCCCCGACCUUCCCGUCGUCCACUUUUCCGGAAGGCGAAGUUCGCUGGACGACUGUCUCCAACUUCAACAACAAUCCCAGAUGGAAAACUGAAUGCGUGCAAAUCGGCGGAGUCCGAGCUGCUGGUCCCGUUGUUGGAAAUUGGUUCUCCGCAGACUAUGACGCGCGCGGACCAGUCGGCCCGCUUGCUUUCUGGAAGCUCUCAGACCAAGAGGUCUGGGAUGUUCAGUCCAGGGAUGUCUUUCCCCAGGUGCUGGCCAACGUGUUUGACCGUGCUUUCAGGCCCAUGACUGGGUAA